ACUCGAGACUCAUCGUUCGUUGUCAUCAACGCCUGAUCGAUAGAUUCAAUCAAGAUCCACAGCCGUCACAAAAUUAUCGGAAAAUGCUAGGACGAAGGAUCAAGAAGAAGGGCCAAGCAUCUGCCUCACAGCAAAAUGAAAGUCAGAAAACCGCAGAGCAACUCAAUCAAGAACGUGCCGAACGCAACGCCAAAGCUGAAGCAGCGGCUUUCGCACGGGCAGCAAAGAACAGAGAGGCCAUCGAACCGAAGAAGGAUGACACCAAAGCAAAAUGAUGUUUGCUAUACGCCGAGAUCUCAUCAGAGCAGAGCUUUGGAAAUCAUGAGAUGAUUUUCGGUGGCCUGAUGCGGUCGGCGAAGCUGGAAUUCCGGCCACGACUGACGUGCAAGUUGGGAAGCUAUCGUAGCAAAUGUUCCAUCAAAAAUAUACUUGUGCCAUCAUAAAGUAUCGAUGCGUAUUAUGGUGAUAAC